AUGCCCAGGAAGCAGGAUUAUAAAAGGAAACGCCUUUCGGAAAAAUAUUGGGUGUCACGUCAUCUGAGAUUUCUGAAACGCGUGUCACAUUAUCUGAAUGUAGACUUGUCAGAUUUCACACUAGAAUACUUAAUAAAAGAAAGAAACUUAAAGAAUCAAAGUAAAGCAAUGGAUGCGUUCUUUGUAUUUCGAGUAUGUAUCGCAACAUAUAUGACGGAGCGAAGGCUUGAAAGACGCAAACAUCUUACCGUUGCUGAAUAUCUGCGGAAAAGACGCAAACCUCUUAUUGGAUAUCUGCGGAAAACGUUACCUGAAAUGGAGCAUCAACCAAAAAAGUACAUAUGGAGUGAAUUAACGUCAACCAACGACAGAUACUUAGCUAAACGAUACCGCGAAAAAAAGAAAAAAGAACUCAUUAAUUCGCAUGAAUUAAUUGACUCACUUAAGGAACAACAUCGGCGAUUAAUCAUGGAAAAUACUUCUCAGUCUGACAGAAUACAUAACUUGGAAGCAGAACAAGAAUCACUUAAGGAACAAAUUCGGCAAUUAAGUAUAUUAAACACUUCUCUGAGUGAUACCAUUAAUAGAAACAUACCUCUUUUGCUUGAUCAAAAUACAAAUACAAUCCCAUUAUCUCCUGUUUCUCCACCGAAUCAAGAGAUUAAUAUUUUGCCGUCUAAUCAAGAACUAAAUAAUCCAUCUUAUAAUAGAAACACACCUUUUUCACUCGAUCAAAAUCUAAGUGAUCUAUUCUCUUGUGUUCCUCCAUCGAAUCAAGAGAUUAGCGAGAUUAAUCAAGAGCCACCUUAUUUUAUUAUUAAUUUAAACACACCUCUUUUGCUUGAUCAAAAUUCAUCUUUUACUACUUUAUAUUUAAAUAAUCUUUUUUAA